CCUACGUAGAGGUCUUUUGUUUGGGCCGCUGAGAGUCGACGGUUUACUCUGAUUCCCCUGGUUAACAACCGUUUUUUAUCUGCAUUACUUUCGGGUGUCUUUUAUGAGUAAUCAAAAGCAGCAAAAGCCGACGCUAACAGGCCAGCGGUUCAAAACGAGGAAAAGAGAUGAAAAGGAGAGGUUUGACCCUACUCAGUUUCAAGAAAGUAUCGUACAAGGCUUGAAUCAAAGUGGCUCUGAUUUGGAAGCGGUCGCUAAGUUCCUGGAUGCCACUGGCGGCAAGCUCGACUACCGCCGCUAUGCAGAGACGCUCUUUGACAUCCUGGUGGCCGGCGGGAUGCUGGCCCCAGGCGGGACUCUGUCCGACGACAUGACCCGCACUGAGUUUUGCCUCUUCACGGCUCAAGAAGACCUGGAGACGAUGCAAGCGUACGCUCAGGUUUUUAACAAGCUGAUCCGGCGUUACAAGUACCUGGAGAAGGGUUUCGAGGAGGAGAUCAAGAAGCUGCUGCUGUUCCUGAAGGGGUUCACCGAGUCGGAGCGCAACAAGCUGGCCAUGCUCACCGGCAUCCUGCUGGCCAACGGCAACAUCUCGGCCGCCAUCCUGAACAGCCUCUACAACGAGAACCUCGUGAAGGAGGGAGUGUCUGCGGCCUUCGCCGUGAAGCUCUUCAAGGCCUGGAUCAAUGAGAAGGACAUCAACGUGAUCGCCGGCAGCCUCCGCAAAGUGGGCAUGGACAACAGGCUGAUGGAGCUCUUUCCUGCCAACAAGCGGAGCUGCGAGCAUUUCUCCAAGUACUUCACCGACGCCGGGCUGAAGGAGCUGUCCGACUUCGCCCGCAACCAGGAAUCCAUCGGCGCCCGCAAGGAGCUGCAGAAGGAAGUGCAGGAGCAGAUGUCCCGCGGAGACCCUCAGAAGGAUAUCAUCACCUACACCAAAGAGGAGAUGAAGAAGUCCAACAUCUCCGAGCAGUCCAUGAUCAGCAUCGUGUGGAUCAGCGCCAUGGCGUCCGUGGAGUGGAACAAGAAGGAGGAGCUGGUGACCGAACAAGCCAUCAAACACUUGAAGCAAUACAGCCUGCUGCUGAAGGCCUUCACCUCCCAGGGCCUGUCCGAGCUCAGCCUGCUGCUGAGGAUCCAGGAGUACUGCUACGACAACAUCCACUUCAUGAAGGCCUUUCAGAAGAUCGUGGUGCUGCUCUACAAAGCCGACGUCCUGAGCGAGGAGGCCAUCCUGAAGUGGUACACUGACGCCCACGUGGCCAAGGGGAAGAGCAUAUUCCUCGAGCAGAUGAAGAAAUUCGUCGAGUGGCUGAAGAAUGCAGAGGAAGAGUCCGAAUCGGAGGAGGAGGAGACGACGGACUGAGAAGCCUCAUCGCCACAUGAGCUCUUCUCUUCUUUCCUCCUUUCUUUUCAAAGAUGGCAGCAGGAGCUCCUGUCCCUUUACCUCCGUUGUUACUUCUUCUUCUUGUUCCCCCCCCCCCACACACACACUUCCACCACUCAAAACUAAAUUUCAACGGUCCUUUUUGGUUAAAAUGUUUGGACUCUCGGUGGAAGCUGAAACGAGGAUUUAGAGUUUACGUUUUGUCGUCCUCUGGAAAAAAGAGAAAUUUUGCCAAUGUUUUUUUAUAUAUAUAUAUAAAUCUAUAUAUUUUUUUCUUCUUCCCCUUUUGACUUUUUAUUACUUUGCCCGGCUCUGUUUUGGCUGCCCAUGGGUCCUAAACUCCGCCAUGUUCUUGACAUUGAGGGUCCAGUCGGAGGACACGCCCCCUGUAAGGUCGGUCACUGAUUAUUGGUUUCUACUUUCUUCAAUCUGAUGUGAACCCACUUUUUUUAAAUGCAAAUAAAGAUCAUUGAAAUGUU